AUGAAGGAAUUCAAACAACUUAUUGAUUCAGUCCCCAUUAUGUUGAAAUUUCAAGAUCAAAAAAGUUAUGACCAUGCUAUCUUGCCUGUGGUAACAGAUGAGCUGUCGGUGACAUUACAACUGAAACUUUUUGAUCAUAGUCCUAACUGGACUACUAUUUUUCACAAAGGUACUGAGGAUUUAGUUCGCACACCUGGGCUUUGGGCAAACCAAGCAGGAAAUCUGCAUGUUCGCUUCUCAGGCUAUUUGAAUAAUAAUGAUGGAAUUAAUGAGCUUGCUUGCACACUUUCAUUGAACAAAUGGUACCAUAUAUCUUAUACACUUUCAGAUUCUGAAAAAAAAUUACUCCUCUAUAUAAAUGGUGAGCUUGCUGGGUCCUAUAACAUCCAGCAAAAGGUUAGCUUCAAUAAUGGACCACUGUAUGUUGGACGUAGUUUCAUCCAUGGUGGGUUUAAUGGAGAAGUGAGCUUAUCUGCUGAAGAAGUGAAAAAAUGGUCAGAGGAUAAAAAUAAAGAAUUCAAACAACUUAUUGAUUCAAUUCCUAUUACAUUGAAAAUUCAAGAUCAACGAGUCUUUAACCAUGUUGACUUGCCUGUGGUAACAGAUCAGCUGUCAGUGACAUUACAACUGAAACUUUUUGAUCAUAGUCCUAACUGGGCUACUAUUUUUCACAAAG